AAUGUUGAAGGCCUCGCUGCGCCACGCGAACCGACUUGAGCUUCCGGCGAAACUCUCAAAAUUAGCACGUUCCGCAAUGCACAAACCUCAAUCGGCCUCGUCAUCGGAACGUCCCGCACCGUAGUCGUCAGUAUCUCACGGAAGUGAAUAGGAUCUCGAGACACAGAAAAACAACUUGGAUGACGUCGAAAGCCCCGGAAAUUGUAUUUAGGAUGUCGUCGCGGAGGGGCAUCAGCGCUGUGUUCCCGUCGAAUAGAGGAGUAAACCGGCAGUCGUCGAGAGCAAGCGGGGCGGGAGUAGAUUCCCGGAGGAAUACGAGACGCUAUGUGACCCAAAGCUGUCAGUGCCAGGCUUCGAUCGCGGGGCUUACUGCGAAUCGAAUUCAUUUGCGGGGAGUAUCGAUACCUGGCAUAGCGUGCCAAAAGGCGCCAGUAUCAGAACUCUACCUUUCGAUGCUUUUCCAAACACGAGCCAACACCACCGCAUCCCGCCCGCAACCCCCCUAUUCCCCUCCCCCGCCACCACCACCACCAACCUCCGACCCACAUGAAUCGGCGUACGACACCACCGGCGAACCACGUUUAAAGUUCUCCCAACGCUUCGGCGCACCCAUUAGUGCUCUGCUACUGUACAGCUCUCUGACGAUGAUCUCCCUGCAGUAUCUGUGGGUGAGACUGACGUUCGAGGAGACGCGGUUGAAGGAGGAGGCAAGGAUAGAGGGGUUGCAGAGGGAACUCGAGGAGUGGAAACGGAAGGCCGAGGAGAAGAAAGGGGAUAGUGGGAUUGGGGUGAUAGGGACAUUGACGGGGAAGAGCACUUGGUGGAAGUUUUGGUGAUGACCCGCUGUAGAAUCGGCGCUUUGUACAGAAGGGGGUACAGGGUCCAAUUUCUAGAUGUCAGAGUAUAGAAGUGUCCACCACACGGCGUCCU